AUGCGCAUACACCACAAGAAGAAGAAGAAGGGUAUACCAGAGUGGUGGCUUGACUACUGUCCUGUUGGACAGAGGAUACCAGGAACAAGAUUCAUUGCCUUCAAAGUGCCUUUAAAACCGUCUCUGAACUGUCGGGUCCCAGUGUCUCACUCCUUUGGUCUGUGGGACCUGCUGUUUUCUGUGGAGUCAGACCAGGAGCUCAGUCUGAUCAUUGAUCUCACCUUCACCACAAUGACACAUGUCCCACAGUCGUGCUCUUACAUCAAGAUCUUCGUUGAGGGUCACAAAGUUCCACCUGACGCAACAAUCCUGAGCUUCAAACGAGCAGUGAGGCAGUUCUUGAAGGAGAAUGAGAACGAUUUAAUCGGAGUCCACUGCACUCAUGGUCUGAACCGCACGGGGUACCUGGUCUGCAGAUACCAGAUAGAUGUAGACGGGCUCAAUCCUUCUGCAGCUCUGGAGCUAUUCAACUCUUGCAGAGGUCCUUGCAUUGAGAGGCAGAGCUUCCUGGAUGACCUGCAGAGUGUCGCCAAGAGAAGCAACAAGGGCAUUGAAGAGCCACAGGAAAAAUCCUUUAGAGGGCUCGCUGUGCAGAGACAAGCGACAACGGCAAAAAACUGA